UUGUGGCGGAGGAGCCGCCGCCAUUUCGGUGUCGCUGGGAGCGGGGCCGCGGCAGCGGCGAGGGGGCGGCGAUGGAUCCCGGAGCCCGCCCGGGGGGCGGCGGAGCCCCGGGACAGUCCCGCGAGUACAAACUGGUGAUGCUGGGCGCGGGAGGCGUCGGCAAGAGCGCCAUGACCAUGCAAUUCAUCAGUCACCGGUUCCCAGAGGACCACGAUCCCACCAUUGAGGAUGCCUAUAAAAUCCGGAUACGCAUCGAUGAUGAACCUGCCAACCUGGAUAUUUUGGACACAGCAGGACAGGCCGAGUUCACAGCCAUGAGGGACCAGUACAUGAGGGCUGGCGAGGGUUUCAUCAUCUGCUACUCCAUCACCGACCGGCGCAGCUUCCACGAGGUGCGCGAGUUCAAGCAGCUCAUUUACCGCGUGCGCCGCACCGACGACACCCCCGUGGUGCUGGUGGGCAACAAGUCCGACCUCACCCAGCUGCGCCAGGUGUCCAAAGAGGAGGGCUCUGCCUUGGCUCGGGAAUUCAACUGCCCCUUCUUUGAGACGUCGGCCGCCUUCCGCUACUACAUCGACGACGUGUUCCACGCGCUGGUGCGCGAGAUCCGCAGGAAGGAGAAGGAGGCUGUCAUGGCCAUGGAGAAGAAAUCCAAGCCCAAAAGCAGCGUCUGGAAAAGACUCAAGUCCCCCUUUCGGAGGAAGAAGGAUUCUGUCACUUGAACGGAAAAUUUUUCUGCAAAACAGGACAGAAGCUGUGACCUUUUGUAAGCAAAGCAGCUCGGUGACAACGCUGACAGGAUGUGUGACACCCGAGGGAUUUUGCGAGGGAAUGCGUAGCUCUGCCAGUUGUUUUUGUUUAGAGACGUGUUGCCUUGAUUCUGGGUGUUGAACUUCACACCCAGUGAUAGUUGUACUUUGUUGUCAUUUUUUUACUGGACCCAGUGCUUGUUGUCCACCAAGGCCGAUGGGUUCGUGGCCCUGCACUUUGGAGUGUUUGUCCUUGGUCACAGCGCCCUGGAACUGUGCAAAGCUGGAGUUGGACCUCACUGAAUCCAUGUUGUUUGCACAGGAGGAUUUUGCUGCUCUCCAUAACAACAACCCACAGUGUGAGGGCUUGAACAGGAGUUCACAAAGUGUCCUGGCCUUGGAGGUCACCGAGCAGAGCCGGGCUGGACUUGUGCCCUCAUGGAACAGAUUUCUUUCCAGGAAAAUCGCCGUGGAAUGCUUGUGUGGAAGUUCAUCCAAGUGAUCAGUUCACCAGCAGUGCUGCAGGUGGGAUGUAAACGAGGCAGAAUGACAGAAAUCAUUCCCAGAUCACCUCUGGGAUCGUCAAGUCCAACCUGUGACCCAGCACCACCCAGAGCAGAGCACUCAGUGCCACGUCCAGUCCUUUAAACACCUCCAGGGACAGUGACUCCACCACCUCCUGAGCAGCCCCUUCCAAAUUCCAUCACCCUUUGUCAUAAAGGUUCCUGUGGCAGCUGUGACUUGGCAGCAGUGCAGGAACCUGUGGGAUUUUCCUGCUGCAAACAGCACUGAAGGUGCACAUGGAGCGUGAUAUGCUGGGAAAUCACAGCUUGGAGCUCCCUGGCUUGUUGCAAGCCCUGGGGGAACAGAGCACUGGCUUGUUUAGCCAGGUUUGUGUCAUCCUAAGGGCAGCAGUGACUCUGGGGAGUGUGAGUCUCUGGCAGUCAUUCCCAGCUAUUCUGUGGGAAUUGUUUUGCAGAGAAAACGGCUGAUCCUGAGGUUCUGUGCCCAGAGCUGGCAUUCCCUGAUCCUGCUGAGGCUCCCCCAGCGCAGUUCCUGGAGCAGAGCAGGGAAACCCAGGCCCAGCAGCUCCUCCCCUCGCUAACCUCACCUGUGCAGGUGAUCCAGGCAGGGCUGGGGCAGUUCCUGAUGCUCAUAAAGAACAGUUUACUUGUGAGGCAGAUCCUCCACACAUGGAUGGACUCCUUGCCCUCCAACUGAUUGAUUUUACGGCAGUUUUGGGAUCAGGUGCCUGGUGCUCCUCUGGAUUUUGCUGUUUAACAAUAGGACAAAUCACAGCUGGGUGACUCAGACAUGGUUAAAAGCAGUUUCUCUGACCCAAGUGCCUGGAGCCCUUCAGUGUGAAAGAGCUGAUUAGACUUCAGUGAUCUUCCUGUCAGAUCUGUGCUGUCAGUCAGUGCUGCACAGGACACUGAAAACCCAGGUGUAAAAAGAUUGGUUAAGGAAGUGAGGAUAAAAAAUAUAUAUAUAUAUAUAAAUAUAUGUAAAAAACUCCUUAUUACCUAAGAUAGAACUGGAAAUCCUGUGCCUGUUGCUUUGAAGAAUAUUUUCCUUGUGGAAGAUUUAAACAAAUGAGAAGCUGCAUUUUACAUUUGCUUUGUGAUGAGCUGAACAUUUUUAAGCUGGUUUCCAUUUCUCAUCUCCUCCCAGUGCUACUCUGCUCUGGCAGCAAUCACAGAAUCCCAAGAUGGGCUUGGAAAAGGCUGAGAAUUGAGAUUGUUGAGAAUUUCAGACUCUUCCACGUUCCUGUGUGAGCAGCCACGUGUGUCCCUUCACUGAUUUCUCAUUGUUGGAUUAAAAGCUGUCUAAAACUCAGUUAAAAUCUCCACCUGGCCAAAGACUGAGGAAGAGGAGGAGGAAUGAGCUAAAAAGUGGCUCCAAAGCAUUUUUGGGGCUGCUCAGGUGUUUCAGAGCCAGGGCCUGAUGGUGAUGAUGCAUUUUCCAGUGUUUUUCCUUAAAAUCUCCAUCAGCUCUCAGCUAAAGGAGCCUGGCAGAGGUGCUGAACGCUGUACAGGAAUAUUUCCACCCCUAAAAAACUGAAUUCUGUGCCUUACCUGAGUCCUGCAGUGCAGUUUAGGUGUUUACUAAUGCCUUUGGUGAGCCUGUUGCUUCUAGAACUCGUAGAGCAGAACAGCAGCCAGCACUUUUUGUUUGUUUUUUUUUUUUACACAGUGUUAUUCAAAGAGUUUUAUUUUUUGUCACGUAUAAAUUUGUACACAGAACGUUUGUUUUAUUUGACACAAUAUAUAUAAUUUUUAAUACAAACCUUUGCAUUGGAUGUGUCAAUCUGUGGUGGGGUUGUUCAGCCUGGGGGUGCUGAAGGAGGGAAGUUCGUGGUGUGCUUGUAAAUUUGGGAUAUGCUUCCUUUGUGUGGAAAAAAAGAGUUGGUUCGUGGCAUUUAAGUGGUGCAAAGCCUAAAA